GACCCAUCGCCAUAUCCCAUCAUCACCAAAUCAAAAUUCUUGAGCUCGAGUUGCAGACGAACGAAGGAAACCCCCGCCGCCACUGGGAUCAUUCAUGACCACUUAUCAGACUCCUUCGCUUGUCCCCGCCGCCUCGUUCGACGACGACCUCUUCUCCUAUUACUACUCCUUUUUCCACGACCCCGCCACCGCCGUCCUCCCCGAUCCUCAACCCCAUUCCGCUCUCCCCCUGGCCAUGGAAUCCAAAGUCAAGAAGCGCCCGCGAGCGGAUGACUUAUCCCCCAGCCGGCUCGUUGCCUUGAAGCCCUUCGCCUCCUCUUCCCCCCCGCACGCCGACGAUGACGCCUCAGGGGAGGAGCCACAGGCUGCGCCGCCGCCGUUGCAGCCCGGGCAACGCCGGCUCUGGGUCAAGGACCGGUCCCGCGACUGGUGGGACCGGUACAACCAUCCGGACCUCCCGGAGGACGAAUUCCGGCGCGCCUUUCGGAUGUCCCGCGCCACUUUCGACUUCCUCUGCGAAGAGCUCGGCUCCGCCGUGGCCAAGGAGGACACGGCGCUCCGCUCUGCCAUUCCCGUCCGGCAGCGCGUUGCCGUGUGCGUGUGGCGCCUCGCCACCGGGGAGCCUCUCCGGCUUGUCUCCCGGCGCUUCGGACUUGGUAUCUCCACCUGCCAUAAGCUCAUUCUCGAGGUCUGCACCGCCAUCCGGAACGUGCUUAUGCCGCGAUCGCUCUUAUGGCCCGGCCCAUCCGAUGCGGCCGCCGGAGCUGCGCGCUUCGAGGGUAUCUCCGGCAUCCCCAAUGUCGUGGGUGCCAUGUACACAACUCACAUCCCCAUUAUCGCCCCCAAGAUCGGCAUCGCCGCCUACUUCAACCGCCGCCACACCGAACGCAACCAGAAGACAUCCUACACCGUCACCAUUCAAGGUGUCGUCGACCCCGACGGCGUUUUCACCGACGUCUGCAUCGGCUGGCCCGGGUCGAUGCCCGACGACCAGGUGCUCGAGAAAUCGGCAUUGUACCAACGCGCCAACAGUGGCUUCUUGAACCACCAAUGGAUUGUGGGCGGCGCCAGCUACCCUCUGCUGGACUGGGUGCUGGUCCCGUACGCUCAGAAGAACCUGACAUGGGCGCAGCACUCCUUCAACGAGAAGAUCGGGGAGGUGCAGCGGGUGGCCAAAGAGGCCUUCACCAAGCUGAAGGCACGGUGGGGAUGCCUGCAGAAGAGGACCGAAGUGAAGCUGCAGGACUUGCCGGUGUUCCUCGGGGCAUGCUGCGUACUUCACAACAUAUGCGAGAUGAGGAAGGAGGAGAUGGUCCCGGAGCUGCGGUUUGAGCUGGUGGACGACGAGAUGGUGCCGGAGAACAGCCUCCAAUCGAUGAGCGCCAUGCAGGCUAGAGAUAGCAUUGCUCAUAAUCUGCUGCACCAUGGCCUUGGUGGAACAGCUUUCUUGUAGGACCUGUUACAAUCCAGCAAUCUGCUACUCUCUUUGGUUCCAAAGAUGGAGAAGCGACAGUCCAGUUGCUUUUGGUUUCAGUUGAAGAUAGAGAAAUGAAAACCUAUGGACAAGGAGUACAUGUUCCUGGGUGUAGCACACAAGGAAAGACAGAGUAGCUGUUCUGAUUUGUUGAUCAAGCAUCUUGAUCCAAGUUGGCCAUUAAAAGGCAAAAUUGCCUGAGCUUCCCAAAUGUAAGUGCCAAUAGUGCAAGGAUCUGAAUUCAUCUUGUGUAGCACAAUCUUUGAUUCUGGUGUUUCACUGCAAUGGGAGGUAUAAAUAUUGUGGUGUUGGAGAAUUAGACUGGAAUUAACUUGGUUUCCUCUGUUGA